AUGUCAACGACGACGACAAACAUACCGGUUCUUCUGGCGCCAGGACAUCUCACAAAGCACCUCAAGGUCUUCUUCGACAAGGCUGCAUGGCGCGACAAGGCAAAACUCAUCACCCGCUACUCACAGAUCACUUCUGAUCACUCAGCAACCACUACCCCUACAGGGAGCACAGCAGGAGUGGGGAAGGAAAACCAUGAUGGAUGUGAUCUGACUCAAUACAUGGCUAUGGCACUCCUGCCCGUCGGUCCCUUCUCACAACCACCUAAUACCACAGCCGGCAUCGAUAUCCGCUCACUCUGGGACCUCGCCCAUGACCCAUCUUCACUACCCUCCACCGAUUUAUCAUCAAUUGACUGGCCGGCACCGCUCUCCGAUCCAGCCCUCCAAAAGACAAUCUUCCUCACCUGCCUCUUACCGACAGCCUUCCCAUCCCCAAAACACCUCCUCGUCCAAACGCCCCUCGAAAAACUCCAACAGACGACCUCAGAGUUCCUUCUCCCUUAUCUCCAAUCCUGGGCUGCCACAUCCCACCUCGAUCAACAAGGGCAACAGGAACAGGAACAGGAACAGGAACGCCUGGGACCAGAAGUCCUCCCAGAGUUGAUCGCCUCCCUUCCUCAGAAAUGGGAACACUACUCCGAUUUCACCUUCCUCCCUCCCACAGCCUUCCUCACCGCUCCCUGGCCAGCUGUCCUCAAACGCCUCAUCGCUCUCGAUCACCAACAGCAACAAGCCAGUGGCACCACUGGACACAACGGCAUCAUGGCGCGAUGGGAGAAACUGGUCCAGGACGCACUAGGAUCAACGCACAUCGCGAGGAAGGCCAUCAUCCCUGUCCAGGAUAUCCUGCGCCGACCCAAGAUUCGCCCCCUGGCUGGAGAUUGGAAGCUUCAUAACCGGUACAAGUCCUGGGUCGAGGCUGAGGAAGGAGGAGAAGAAGGGGAAGGUUUGGAGGCAAAUCUGGUAGAGCAUCAGGAAAUGUCGAGCGAUAUCAGUAGCAGCAAGGCCAACGCCAUCACCAACAACACCUCAGGGGCAGGAGCAGAAUCGACAGGCCUCUACGAAUCCACCACAACUUCCACCUCCCCAACAGACAGCGAUGUCCUCCCAACACCCUCAAACUUUCUCCAAACCUACUGGUCCGAGACCUGCCAGAACCAAGUCUUCUACAUUUGGUCCCCCAUGUUCACCAUGUUCUCUGCCGGAAAUAUCACCGAAAAGGAACGUGUUGCCAAAUCUCGACCCAUCUUUGAUGCCCGCAACAAGGUGGUUGUGGACCUCUAUGCGGGGAUCGGGUAUUUCGCGCUGGUGUAUUUAGUCCAUGCAGGCGCGAAGGUGGUUCAUGCGUGUGAGUGGAAUCCUUGGAGUGUUGAGGGGUUGGUGAGAGGUGCCGGGAGGAAUGGCAUUCCGUGGAAGAGGUACCAUGGCGAGAGCGUCCGGAUAAAGUCCAAGGAGGAGAACGGAGAACUACAGGAACAACCCUUCACGACAGGACAGCCGACUCCUCGCCGCCCACCACAAAAACCCACCACAGCAGCCACAGCAACCAAGAAACAAAAAGAUUGCGGCCAACUAGUCGUCUACCCAGGCGACAACGCCCAAUGGAUCGAAUACUUUGAAAACACCGCUCACCAUGUCAACCUAGGCCUGAUCCCAACCGCAGAACCAGGCUGGGUCCUGGGUGUUCGUGCGCUGUGUCCCCUAGAGGGUGGGUACCUCCAUGUCCAUCACAAUAUCCGGGUCGGCGAGGAAGAGUCCUUCAAGUUGUAUCUCCUCCAAUCCCUUCGCGACCUGUUUGCUGCAUGGAAGCAUAGCAGAGAGUGGUCGAUCGAGAUUCAGCAUAUGGAGAAUGUCAAGAGCUUUGCGCCUCUUGUCUUUCAUUAUGUCGUCGAUGUCGAGUGCCGGCCACCCACGACAUCUUCAUGA